GGCGACGGGGCGCGCAGCUCCGCGGGGCGGCGGCGGUAGCGGCCAUGGCGCACAUCACCAUCAACCAGUACCUACAGCAGGUCUAUGAAGCAAUUGACACCAGAGACGGGUCAUCCCUUGCAGAGCUGGUGUCUUUCAAGCACCCUCAUGUUGCCAACCCACGGCUUCAGAUGGCCUCUCCAGAAGAGAAGUGUCAACAAGUUUUGGAACCCCCUUAUGACGAAAUGUUUGCAGCUCAUUUAAGGUGCACGUACGCGGUGGGGAACCACGACUUCAUAGAGGCGUACAAGUGCCAGACCGUCAUUGUCCAAUCAUUCCUACGGGCAUUUCAGGCCCACAAAGAAGAAAACUGGGCUCUGCCUGUCAUGUAUGCAGUGGCACUUGACCUUCGAAUAUUUGCCAAUAACGCAGAUCAGCAGCUGGUAAAGAAAGGGAAGAGCAAAGUUGGGGACAUGCUGGAGAAGGCGGCCGAGCUGUUGAUGAGCUGCUUCCGCGUCUGCGCCAGCGACACCCGUGCAGGCAUAGAGGACUCCAAGAAGUGGGGCAUGCUGUUUCUGGUGAAUCAGUUAUUCAAGAUCUAUUUUAAGAUCAACAAGCUCCAUUUGUGUAAACCGCUCAUCCGAGCCAUCGACAGCUCAAACCUGAAGGACGACUACAGCACUGCGCAGAGGGUGACGUACAGGUACUACGUGGGGCGGAAGGCCAUGUUCGACAGCGACUUCAAGCAAGCUGAGGAGUACCUGUCCUUUGCUUUUGAGCACUGCCACCGUUUGAGCCAGAAGAACAAAAGGAUGGUCCUCAUUUAUCUCCUUCCUGUGAAGAUGCUCCUGGGUCACAUGCCAACCAUUGAGCUCCUGAGGAAGUACCAUCUCAUGCAGUUUGCGGAGGUGACCAAAGCUGUGAGCGAAGGCAACCUCCUCCUCCUGAACGAGGCUCUGGCCAAGCACGAGACCUUCUUCAUCCGGUGCGGCAUUUUCCUCAUCCUCGAGAAGCUGAAGAUUAUCACCUACAGGAACCUCUUUAAGAAAGUGUACCUGUUACUCAAGACACACCAGCUGUCUCUGGAUGCGUUCCUGGUUGCCUUGAAGUUCAUGCAGGUGGAGGACGUGGACAUCGCCGAGGUCCAGUGCAUCCUGGCCAACCUGAUCUACAUGGGUCACAUUAAAGGCUACAUCUCGCACCAGCACCAGAAGCUGGUUGUCAGCAAGCAGAACCCGUUCCCCCCGCUGUCCACGGUGUGCUGACCCCGCCCCCGGCCCCGGGGACAGGGAGUCGGGCCAUCCUGGCUCGUAUCCUGCCGAGAACUCGUCCUCUGCGGCUGGAGUCUCUCGGGUCUUUCCCGGGGGAGGCUGAGACCUCAGUGUCUCUGCCAUCACGGCUGACGGAUAUGCACCUC